GCGACAGACCAGGAGGAGAGUGGACGGAGAGAGCAGCACAUUGUUUACACCGGGGAAUAACAGCGAGGGAACACAUCACAGAGAGCGAGUCUGAUCACUUCAGCAGGAUGUCAGCUUAUAACUGCUCUUUUGAUCUAAUGGCUGAAAAAGGUGGUUGGCUUUGUCCUCCGGGGGAAAAGUGUAUCAAUCUGACCUCGGUGGUGAACGGAAGCCACAUUGAUCUGAAUGACGCAUGUCUGACAGAGGAAGAGUACCUGGAGAAAUAUCUGGGGCCUCGUCGAUCUCCUUGGUUCCUUCCCGUCUGCCUCAACUACCUGGUCAUCUUCCUGGUAGGAGUGGUGGGGAAUGCGCUGACGUGCACUGUCAUUGCACGCAACAAAGUGAUGUGGACGCCAACAAACUACUACUUGUUCAGCCUGGCGGUGUCUGACCUGCUGGUGCUGCUGCUCGGCAUGCCAUUAGAGCUGUAUGAGCUGUGGCAGAACUACCCUUUCCUCCUGGGGAAGGGCGGCUGCUACUUUAAAACGUUCAUAUUUGAGACUGUUUGCUUGGCGUCUAUCCUCAACGUGACAGCGCUGAGUGUGGAGCGUUACAUCGCUGUGGUGCACCCGCUACGCGCAAAGUAUGUCGUAACGCGCACCCAUGCUAAGCGGGUCAUCCUUACGGUGUGGGGUGUGUCGGUGUUGUGUGCUUUGCCAAACACAAGUCUGCAUGGCAUUGCCGUCCUUCACAAUCGCUCCACCGGCCCUGCUGGGAACAUAACCGUGGAGAUCCCUGACUCAGCGAUCUGUAUGCUGGUAAAACCGCACUGGAUUUACAACCUGACUAUCCAGGUGACCACCUUGCUAUUUUUCAUGCUGCCCAUGUUCACCAUCAGCGCUCUCUACCUGCUCAUUGGGUUGCAGCUGAAGCAGGAGAAGAUGCGUCAGACACUGGAGGCGAAGACGGGCUUUGGACAGGAUAGCUUCUGUAACAUCCGAACACAGCAGCAGAAGGCACGGCGCCGGCAGGUCACGAAAAUGUUGUUCGUUUUAGUGGUGGUUUUCGCGAUCUGCUGGGCCCCGUUUCACACUGACCGCCUCAUGUGGAGUUUCAUCAAUGACUGGACUGACAACCACAUAGAAAUCUUCCAGUACGUGCACAUCAUCUCCGGAGUGUUUUUCUAUCUAAGCUCAGCAGUCAACCCAAUCCUGUACAACCUCAUGUCCACACGCUUUAGAGAAAUGUUCAAGGAGGUCAUGUGCCAUCGGCCACAUCACAUCGCUCCAAGAAAACACUCGCUCAGUGUUACCCGGGUGACGCUCCGCAGCACCCUGAGUGAUGCGCCACCCAGCAAUGGAGCCGCUGUUGUUGAAACAGAGGCAGAAGAUGAAGUGAAGAUGAGAGAUGAAACCUGUUUUUCGUGUUAGAAACAACAUAAAGGGUAUCUAAGGGGGGAAAUGUUAGUAGGAUGUCUUGGUGUUCCAUUCUGAUUCACUGCAUCCAUCAACUGUCGUCAACAUCCACUUCUGGUGCAUUAGCUAAAUAGGCUACCUAAAAUAGUCUGAGUGGGAGAUCUGCAGAAAAAGUGCUACUAUGCUGCUUUUGAAAACUUUAUAAGUAAAUCAGCAAAUCACAUACUUUUAUUCAAACACGCCUGGGCAUGCUUAGAUUCACGCUCAAACCCGAGGAAAUGAUGCAGGAAUGCACACUUGUCAUCUUAAAUUUACCAGCAUAGAUAACAUCCAAUGUUCAGUGUAUGGAUUUAAAUGAAAACCCACUUUUUGUAAGUUUACAAAAAUCCUGGCAUUUAUAACGUAGGUACGGUCACACACACACAUGCAAAAUUAACAUUCACCUCCCGUUCACUUCCAUUCUAUGCGAGCCAAGAGGCGAAAAUGCAUUUGCUUCUGGAGGCGAAGCAAGUUUGCAUCUUUGCUUUCGAAAUGUCGUUUGACUUUGGUGAACUUUCAGGCGAAUAUCUCCUCGGCAGACGAUAGUCACUCGCCUGCAUUUGCGAAUGUGUGACCGUGCCUUAAUGCUGCAUUCACACCAAAUGCGAAGCGAACUUUUUGCACGGUGUGAUUGCAUACAAAGUCGAUGCAAAGAGGCAAACAGAUGCAAAAGGCGCAAAGGACGCAAAUGCGUGAAAUUUGCGUCAUUCGCGCAAGUCUAAGUAUUUCAACUUGAGAGAUAAAUAUGCGCGACGCUGAAAGUCUAUCAGCGUUUAGAUUCACCUCCUGCCGUCACUGAUGUCCUGAUGCUGUUGAAUCAGAAAUGGAGGAAACAAAUAUUGUAGCUGUCUGUGAGCACCCAGAGCUACGAUAGUACCUCAUAUUUCUCAGAUAUAUAUUUCCAGACGAAACUCUACGUGUAUUAAUUAAUGUGUAUAAUCCACAGACUGUAUGGUAUAAACAACAACGUCACUGUCGUAUUUAUGCCUAGAUGACGUUAUACAAUGUUAGCAUAGCCUAGCACUGAUCGAUUCGAACUCCAUUCAGAAAUGCAAAUGUUUGCUUGUCGUCUCGCGGACAGAUCUGACAAAGCACUUUUUACAAAUUUACAUCAUUAUGCAGUUAUUUGGACAUAAUAUUGAUCUGUUUAUUGCAAUUAAAAAACAGUACAAUCUGUUUAUUUUUAUGGUAAACCAGAAUAAUCUAGCCGACAUGUGGCUUGCUAGAUACAGUGAUUAAGGCUCUCUGUUAUGAACCGAGACACGACAGCGUUUGGUUUUCCGAUGUAUCUGGGACUUCCACAACAUGUACAAAACAGCAAUAUUGGUUAUUUCGGCCAUGGUUGAUGAAACAGUGCUGGUGUCUACAUGGAGGUAAGUGUCUAGCGCGAGUAAUGCAUGAAAAUGAACACAAAUGAUCCUGCGGUCAAACUCACGGAAGAAAGGCGAGGCAAAAAUUCACUGGUGUGAACGCAGCAUAAAGCCAUGGGCUCACUACCAACGUCAGGAGCGCGUGGCGUCUGCGUCGCGUGGUGGCUGCGUGAUGCAGGAGUCUGGUGUUCACACUAGA